AUGGGUGUGUUUGGCCCCGUUCCCCCUCUCACGCGCGCCCACCUGCGCAUAUUUUAUGCUAAUGAGCAGGUGCAGUGGCUCUUGAGGCGCGCGGAGGGCCGCUCGCGGAGGAGCCGGAUGGAGCAGCGCAGGGAGCAGCGGGAGUCCAGCCGGAGGCGGGAGCAGAAGGAUAAAGCAGCAGAAAUGGGACACCGCUUCCCAGGGAGGGCAGUUCCAAACCCGGGCUUUGAGAGGGAGAUGACGUGCAGGUCGUGGGGUCAGUACAACUAUGAGACAUUUGACGGCCUUUACUACUACUUCCCUGGUGCAUGCACGUACACUCUGAUGAGGGACUGUGAGGAAACCACCCAGGCCAGCAUCAUCAUCCAGGUCCACAAUGACCCGGGCUGCAGCUUUGCACCUUACACCUGCCAACGAUCUGUCAGCCUCUUCCUCCCAUGGGAGGGGGAGGUUCGGCUGCACGCUACUAAUGUCACCUUCAAGGGCCAAAGUCUGCAGCUACCUGCUCACAUCCAUGACCUGCAGCUGGAGCAGAUCUCUCAGUACGUCCUGGUUACUCAGCAGCACGGCUUCACGCUGGCCUGGGAGGGAAGCAGCGGCUCCAUCUAUAUCAAACUCAGCCCAGAGUUUGUGGGCAGAACCUGCGGCCUGUGCGGCAACUUCAACGCUGACGUCCAGGACGACCUGAAGACCAGUUAUGGUGUGCUGACUCAUGAGAUUGAAAUGUUUGGGAACAGCUGGGUGGAGGCGGAGCCACAUCAGGCACAGUGUCCCAUGGUGCCUUCAGGCUUCCCGUCACCUUGUGCUGCUGUAGAGGCUCAUGUCAUGCUGAAAGUGGAGGAGGUGUGUGCCAUGCUGCUGGAUCCGCCUUUUCAGAGCUGCCAUGACUUUGUCAGCCCGCUGUCCUACAUGGCCAGCUGCUCCAACGACUUGUGCAUGUCGGGUCCCAACGGUGAAGUGGUAUGCCAGGUGUUCAGCGAGUACGCCCGGGCCUGUGCCCACGCUGACCACCCACUGCACGACUGGAGGCAGCACAUUCCUCAGUGUGCGAAGCAGUGUCCUUCAGGUCUGCACUACAGAGAAUGUAUCAGCUGCUGCCCAGAGACCUGCAACCUGGAGCGAACAUGCAUCGACAGCAAGCUGGCCUGUUUGGAUGGAUGCUACUGUCCUGAUGGUCUGAUCUAUGAGGACGGAGGCUGUGUGACGCCCUUUGACUGUCCCUGUGAGUAUCACGGCAUGUUCUAUCCGUCUGGACAGACGCUGCAGGAGGAAUGCAACAACUGCACAUGUGUGGGUGGAGUGUGGAACUGCACCGAGUACAGCUGCCCAGGCGAGUGCUCUGUGACCGGUGAUAUGUAUUUCCAAUCCUUUGACGGCCGGAUCUUCACCUUCCCUGCUACAUGUCAGUACGUCCUGGCCAAAAGCCGGAGUUCAGGGAAGUUCACGGUCACCAUCCAGAACGCCCCCUGUGGAGCGAAUUUGGACGGGGCGUGCAUCCAAUCAGUUAACCUGGUCAUUGACGAAGAUCCGAGAACGGAGAUUACACUGAGUCACAUCGGAGAGGUCUUCAUGGCUGGACAGUACCGCAUCUCUCUGCCGUAUUCUGACGACGUCUUCCACAUCCAGGAGCUGUCGUCGUUGUUCCUGCAGGUGAAGACGGCGUUCGGGUUGCGUCUGCAGUACAGCUGGAAGGAGUUUCGUCUCUACCUGCAGGCCGACGAGCUGUGGAAGGACGACACGGUGGGGCUGUGCGGCACCUUCAACGGCAACAUCCAAGACGACUUCCUAUCUCCGUCGGGGAUGAUAGAAAGCACUCCUAAUCUGUUUGGAAACGCCUGGAGAGUCUCGUCAGCCUGCUCCCCCAGCCUGAGUACGCCUCAGCUCGACCCCUGCGACACACACCAGCAAGCCGUGACCUAUGCCUCGGAGAUGUGUGACGUCCUGAACCAGGAUCUGUUCUCUGCCUGCCACGAGUACCUCAGUCCGACCUCCUUCCAUCAGCAGUGUCGCUCCGACACCUGUAAGUGUGGGACACCUUGCCUCUGCUCGGCGCUCGCACACUACGCCCGCCACUGCCGCAGAUUCUCCGUCAUCAUCGACUUUCGAUCGCAGAUACCCGACUGUGCGCUCACCUGUCCUCCAACAAUGGAGUAUGGCACCUGCGUGUCGUCCUGCCAGCGCCGUUGCUCCGCCCUCUCCAUCCCGCAGCACUGCGGGGAGGAGUGUGAGGAGGGCUGCGUCUGCCCCCUGGGAUCCUUCUACAACCAUCGAACACACUCCUGUGUGCACAGAAUCUGUCUGAACGGUAAACUGGUCUCCCAGGCAACAGACAGUGACAUGUUGUGUCCGUCCGGUCAGCUCUACCAGAACUGCUCAGAGGGAGAGGACGGCUUCUCGUCAGGAAGGGGUGUGGCCUGCGAGCGGACCUGUGAAUCGUACCUGCUCAACCUCACCUGCUCCACACACGAGCCCUGUGUGGCCGGAUGUACCUGCCCUCCUGGCUUGUUAAAACAUGGAGAUGAGUGCUUUGAAUCUACAUCAUGUCCCUGUCUAUGGAAAGGAAAAGAGUAUUACCCUGGCGACAGAGUCUCCUCCCCCUGCCAUCAGUGUGUUUGCCAGCAUGGGACGUUCCAGUGUGAGUUUCAUCCGUGUCCGUCGAUGUGCAUGGCUUACGGGGAUCGCCACUACAGGACGUUUGAUGGACUGUUCUAUGACUACGUCGGUGCAUGCAAAGUGUACCUGGUUAAGAGCAGCGCUGAUAUGAUGCUCAGUGUGGCGGCUGAGAACGUGGAUUGUUUCGACAGCGGAGUCAUCUGCAGGAAAUCUCUGCUGAUCAACAUCGGCAGGUCCUUUGUAGCGUUCGACGAUGACACAGGAAAGCCAAAUCCAUCCAGUGUGAUUGACAGGAAGCAGAGGAUGUUUAUCUGGCCAGCUGGAUACUACACAGUGGUUCAUUUCCCAGAGGAAGACGUCACCGUCCUCUGGGACCGUAAGACAACCGUCCACAUCCAAGUUGGACCUCGUUGGCAGGGGAAGUUAAGCGGGCUGUGUGGAAACUUUGACAUGAAGACGGUAAACGAGAUGCGGACGCCAGACAACAUCGACUCCCCGACUCCGCAGGAGUUUGGAAACAGCUGGACUGCAGCAGAGUGUGUGAACAGUCCAGACAUCAGACACCCCUGCAGCCUCAGUCCUCUCAGAGAGCCUUUUGCAAAGCGUCAGUGUGCCGUGCUGCUCAGUGAGGUUUUCCAGGCCUGCCACCCAGUGGUGGAUGUCACCUGGUUCUACAUGAACUGCCUGGCAGACACAUGUGCCUGCAGUCGCGGAGGAGACUGUGAGUGUUUCUGCACCAGCGUGGCGGCUUACGCCCAGCGCUGCUGCCACCAGGGCGUUCCUGUGGACUGGCGCUCCCCAUCCCUGUGCCCGUAUGAUUGUGAAUACUACAACAAAGUUCUGGGUAAAGGUCCCUUCAGGUUGAUCACCUUCAGGGACCGGACGACGUGGUUGGCGGCCAGCAGGUCCAGCGGUUUGGUUUUCCUGCAGCGCGGCAACCUCAGUGACAUCACCGCCUCCCGAGUCCUGUCACAGUUCAUGAUGACGCCAGGCCUCAGCAGAGCCCGACCACACGACACAUCCCGGGUUUCCUUUGAGGCUGCUGACAGACCAAACUACUUCCUGUACGCGAGCCCAAGCGGCCAAGUGAGUUUGAACAAGUGGGAGGACAGCGAGGCAUUCUGGGACGGGGCCACCUUCAUCCUCCACAGGAACACCUGGAUCCCCGGCUACGACUCGCUGGAGUCCCACGCCAAACCCGGCUUCUUCCUGUACGCCAUGCUGCCCCGCCUCCACCUGCUCAAACACAGACACACCGACAGCUUCCGCAAGGCCACGCUGUUCAGACUCACAGGUCCCAGCCCAGAUUCUCAACCUGCUCCUCGGUGUCAGUGGAGGUAUGAUUCCUGCGUCGUCCCCUGCUUCAAGACCUGCAGCGACCCGUCAGCUGAAGCCUGUGUCAGCAUCCCAGAAGUGGAGGGCUGUCUUCCUGUCUGCCCAUCGCACAUGGUCCUGGAUGAAGUCACCCGUCGGUGUGUCUGCAUUGAAGACUGCAUCAAGGUCCCAGUUGCUGUGAAGCCUGUAAUACCAUCAACUGCUCAUCCAACCUCUGCAGCUGUCACUUCAUCAAUCACCUCAAGCCCUGCUGUCUCCACAACCCCCCUAAAGACCAUGACGACCACAGCAGCAUCCUCCAACCCUCUGCAGACUGCUUCUACCGCUAAAUUCACCACCUCUAUCCCUGCAGUGAGCACACACACAUCAUCUAAGUUACCAUCUGUGCCUGAAGAGCAACCGCAUCUAACCACCGUCGCCCCCUCUGCAGCUCCUGAGCUCUCUACAACAGUAGGACCCCCUUCUUCAUCAACAGCGCCCCCUGCAGUCAGGCCAGAGGUGGAGGAGCCUCUCUCUACUGUUAGGGAAACAGAAGCCUCGGCCACAACUGUAGCAAGUGCAACAUUAAGGACGACUGGAGCAGUUAGCUCUACAAGUAACCCCUUUACUUCCAGUACAUUCAGAACAAGCAGCGCUCCCUACGCCAUCACAGCACUGCUCUGGGUCACCUCAUCCACAAAGCCAGACUUCCUACAGCCACUCUACACCACAACUUCCACAACCUUGCAGCCAUCUAUAGCUUCAGCACCUACCACAAGCACCAUUCCAAGACCAACUACCAUCACUGCUUCCCCUCCUGUUGUCCUACACCCAACCAAAGACACUACAGAGGCUACAACUCCAUCAGCAGCAGUUACUCCAAUUGUAACCACUACUAGUCCAAGACCUGAGCCAGUCUCGCAGACAUCUGGAAUUACUGAAAGGACUACUAUACCCAGUGCAUCUACUACUGCAUCCAUAGACACCAGCACCAAGCCUGUCACAGUGGAGCAACCUCCCCCAACAACUACACUUAUCCCUCCAAGCACAGUCUCCACAACCUCUUCACCACUCCCAAUGUCAACACCUGUAGAAACAGAAAGUGUGCCAUUACCCGCAGUCACCUCAGUGAAAACCACAGAAUCUGUCACACCAGUUGCACUUUUCCCUACAAGUAGACCAACAGCAUACAUAAGUCCAGAGGCAACAUCACCACCUGUCACAACAGAGAAGAUUAAUCAGACAACUUCAACAGAACUGACAACUUCUUCAACGACUGUUCCAGAGUCACCAACAUCAAGCACAAUCCACACAGCACCAACUACAACUGCUCCUACUUCAGCAGCUACAGACUGGAGAACAACAACGACAAAGAAAGCGACCACACUUGAAUCCACUGUAUCUGAGAUACCUGCAACUACCAGAACAACGACUGAACUGCCAACUUUAGAGAUCACAGACACCACAACCUCUUCUGCAUUCACCACCACAACCUACUCUGAGAGAACAUCCUGGUCAGCUGCUGUCUCCACAACAGAGAAAACCACAACUCCAAGAGCUCCAGAGGUUUCAGAAUUGUCCAGUGUGCCCGUAAGUUCCACUGUUACAACGAAACCAACUUCUCCACCAGUGUCUCUUCCACAAACCACUGCUGCACCACUUUUACCAACAACGGAAAGCUCCACCCAUACUACGUCUACCACUCAGACCUCUGAGCAGUGGCGUCCUUCCCACUGGGAGGCCAUCCCUGGCUACAGUCCUACAAUGAAGACUAAACCAGAGAUCACUUCUGAAACUGACUUCCACUUUGUCACAUCCAUUAAAACUACAGAAAUGUCUGGCCUUCCUGUAACAUCCAAAGUGGUUCCCACCUCUGCUACAUCAUCUGCUGCCACAUCAGCCACCACCAGAACAACAAUUUCCCCAGAAAUCUUAGAAAUUCCUGCCACCACAACCAAUACACUGGUCACGCACCAUCCUCCACCCGGUAUUCCUGAGACACUUCUCACCACUGUCUCCACAGGAGCCCCACUAGGUGUUGUUACCACCACUCCCGGACCUGUAAUCAUACAGCCCAUUACAGAGACAACACAUACACCAACCAGCAGAGAGGAGUUGCAAACAAGAUCCACUGCUGAGCCACCUCCAUCUUGGUCUCAAUUGCAGACAACUACUUCCACCGCAGCACCAAGGACGACAACUUUCCAGGAUAAAGUCACCACUCGGUUGGUAUCCACUGCAAGAGCUUCACCUGCUACAACGACUACCACCAGCACUCAGACGACCACCAUCAGAACAACCCCAAGAGUUCCUGUGACAGCAAGAGUUACCCCAAGGUCAACCAUCAGGCCAAUCACUGCAAGGGUUACUAUAGCAACAAGGCCACCAACAGAAGCUACCAGAUCAACCACUAUUGUCCCUAUAACUGACGCACCAAGCCCUGGCACAACAACCAUGUCAAGAGUGCCGUCUACAACACCUACAGAGUCUGUAACAACAGAAAGAGCAGACACUACCACAGCAACUACCAUAGCAACUACCAUAACCUCUUCAAUGCCUGUUCCUCCUGAAACAACACCUACAGCUACUACAGCUAUCCCUACGGUGACCACCAGAGAGUCAUCAACAUCUGAGAAAACCAUAACAAUAAAAGACACUGACAUGUCACCAUCCACUUCCAAAGCUGUUACACCGCCACCUGAAACACCGAUUUCCACCCAGAAGCCUGGUGUUCCCACUCCCUCUACAACUUCAGUCCCAGCAGCCUCCUCAGAAAGGACAACGGAGCAGGACACAGUGGAUCAUACCACUCCAAGUGCAACAACACCUGCUGCUCUGACGUUGCCUCAUUCACCAACAGAAACAACCAGACACACCACAGAGGGGACAAUACCCAUGGCUGUAUCACCUACAAGGAUGUGCACUCCUCCUUAUGCUGAGAUUGUCGAUGAAUGCACAAAGUACAUCUGCGUCAACAACCAGCUUGUCCUGUUCAACAAAUCCCAGAGCUGCCCCUUCACUUCUGACCCUCCGAACUGCGGCCUGCUCGGCUUUGCCAUACUGGUCAAUGGAGACAAAUGCUGCCCUAAGUGGGACUGUCCAUGUCGCUGCUCAAUGUUUCCAGAUCUUAAUGUGAUCACGUUUGAUGGGAACAGUGUUGCAAUCUACAAGGCUGCCUCAUAUGUGGUGACCCAGCUGCCCAAUGAGACUGUCAGCAUCCUGGUUCAGGAGUGUCCUGCCGACUCUGAUUCACCUCUCCUCUGGAAUUUCACCAACCUGUGUCUGGUGGCGCUCAACAUCACCCACAACUCUAACCACAUCAUCAUCAACAGGCUGCAGAGGAGGCUUUAUGUCAAUGCUCGGUAUGCCAAGCCUCGCUUCAAAAAGUUUGGCUUUGAGAUAUACGACACCGGCAACAUGUACCUGAUCCGCAGCCCGGCCGGUCUCAAGCUGCAGUGGUACCACAGCACCGGCAUGAUGGUGAUCGACACUGAAGGCUCAAGCAACAAGCUUCCCACCAUGGGCCUCUGUGGUUUCUGUGACGGGGACCCAACAAAUGACCUGACCAUGGCAAACGGCACAACAGUGGGUGUAAAUGAAGAUCCGGCUCUUUUCAUCGACAGCUGGCAGGUUCCCAACACCACCAGCUACAUCAGCCACAGCCGCCGCCGAGAGCACAACUGCUCCACGAGCGACUGCUCCAGCUGCCUCAGCAUGCUGCAAAAGAACGCCUUUUCUCCCUGCCAUGCAUUUGUCCCACCGAGCACAUUCUGUGAGGUUUGGGUACGGGACGCGGAGUAUGUCAACAACCAGUGUGUGGCCCUGGCUGCUUACGUGGCCUCUUGCCACAAAUUCAACAUCUGCAUCGAGUGGAGGAGUCCAGAUUACUGCCCCUUCCUGUGUCCCGACACUCUGAGAUAUCAGGCAUGUCUUCCCACCUGCACGUCUCAGUCCUGCCCUAACCACGACUAUGACUCAGACCCAGACCAGUGUUCAGGCCUGACGGAGGGCUGCGUCUGCCCGGAGGGAACUCUCCUCCAUCGGCCGUACUCCGCCCUCUGCAUCUCACCUGAGAAGUGUGCCUGCACUGACAGCUCAGGUGUUCCUCAUGCACACGGUGAGAUCUGGAAAGCCUCGAAGGACGCCUGCUGCAUGUACCGCUGCGACAACGACACCAUCGUUCCCAUUGAGUACAACUGUUCCAACGUAGCUGCCCCCGUGUGCCAAAGAGCAGGAGAGGUGAUCAUCAGCCUCGCUGACGACACCAGCUGCUGCCCACAGAGAGUCUGCGUGUGUAACCAGAGUCUGUGUGAGCUGCUCCCUCCUGAGUGUAAGUACGGGGAGAAACUGGUGUCGUACUACAGACAGGACUCGUGCUGCCCGGACUACGUGUGCGAGUGUGAUCCCGACCUCUGCGAGUCCGAUAUUCCCGCCUGCAGAGAGGACCAGACUGUGAUCGCCACCCGAGCCGACGGCAGCUGCUGCCUCGCCCACAUCUGCAUGUGUUCUUCCUGUGCGGAGACGCCUCCUCGCUGUCAGGAUGGCGAGGUGCUGACGGUGGACGGUAACACCACAGACCACUGCUGCCCCGCCUACCAGUGUGUGUGUGAGCCCUACAGGUGUCCUCAGCUGAGUUGUCCUGUCGGGAUGUCGGUGUCGUCCGUCUCCACUCCGGGUCGCUGCUGUCCCAGCCAAUCAUGUGAGUGUUCCUGUGAAAAGAUCACCUCCCCAAAAUGCGGCCUGGGAGAGGCUGCACAGCUGGACCGAGCCUUCCUGUCCGACCCACAGAACCAGUGUGCCUGCAAAAGAUACAAGUGUGUGCGUGAGGCGGUGUGUGUGUUUGGAGAGCGAAGCGUGUUGCGGCCGGGUCAGACUCUGGUGGAGCACGAUGAAGACGGAUUGUGUCACAGCAGGCAGUGCAGUCGCAGCCUCGACCCUACGAGCGGCUUCCACCUGCUACGCACCAGCAGCAUCAACUGCUCCGCCCACUGCCGACCAAAUCAGAUGUACAUCCCCCCGAAGGAUCAGUCGACGUGCUGCGGAGUUUGUAAGAAUAUUUCCUGCCUCUAUGAACAUGAGAAUGGGACAGCAGUUCUCUAUAAGCCGGGGAGGUCGUGGGUUUCAAACUGCAUGAAGUUCGACUGCACUGACACUUUAUCUGGACCCACACUCAUCUCCUACUCCUUCAGCUGCCCGCCUUUUAAUGAAACAGAGUGUAUGAAGAUCGGUGGAACUGUCGUAAGUUAUAUGGACGGAUGCUGCAAGACAUGCAAAGAAGACGGGAAGUCUUGUCAGAAGGUCACAGUGAGGAUGACGAUCAGAAAGAACGACUGUCGCAGCAACAGGCCGGUGAACAUCGUGUCAUGUGAUGGAAAGUGUCCGUCUGCCAGCAUCUACAACUACAACAUCAACACAUACGCUCGCUUCUGCAAGUGCUGCAGGGAGACGGGGCUGCAGCGGCGCUCCGUGCAACUUUACUGUAGCAGCAAUUCAACGUGGGUCAGCUACACGAUCCAGGAGCCAACGGACUGCUCCUGCCAAUGGUCCUAAACACACACACACACACACACACAUAUAUACACACACUGUUUAUAGUUACAUGCAGUUAAACUGUAAGAUAUUGGAGAGGAAGAAAAUAAACAUCGGACAGCCAUGUUGCUUUAAAGGGUUCAGAGUGUGAAAUACUGAGCUGUGAUUGGCAGGAGUGCAUGACUGACUGGUUCUUGAUCUAACAGUCGUGGGUCCUGCUGCCUCUGCUGGCAGGUAGGUGGUAUUGUGGUGUAAACAAUGGGUCGUUUUUACUCAGCAGGCAGCUGGAAAUUACAGCCUGCUGUAUGUGGACUUGAUCCUUUGAUAUUAACCUCCCUAGUGAAAUUUAAAAAAAGGGUCACAAAGAGAAGACAGCGGCCUACAUAUGACAAACACUGCUCAGUGGCUAAUUGUUUAAUAAUGACUAAUAAGCAUCUAGCAUGCUACUAAUUAGCUUACUUAACUAUUAUCAAACUUAUAAUUGAUACAUUUAGAAACAUGCUGCAGAUUGAGCUCAAAUGUUUUACUUUCCUACCACUCCUCCACGUACCUGCCAGCCGUUAAAGAAAAUGUCUAGCAGAGGAAUUGAGUAAGAGUUGAUAUUUUGUGUGGUGUUUAUUGGCUGAGAAGUGAAAGAUUUGAAAAUGAUUUUUUUGUGAAACAGACGAUCCCUUCAGAGAGUCAUAUGGUGACCCUGAACCGUGUGCGUUGUGCCGUCUUUUUGUAAAUAACUUUCUUUACUGUCUUUGAGAAAUCAUUUGAAAUGUAAAAUUCUUCUAUUUUUCACUUCUAGAGAGGUAACGAUCAACUGUACACUGAGUAAUCUGAAAUGUACUUUUAUAUAAUCAAUACUAGCAAAGCUUUAUUCGUUGAUUGACUUCCAGCUGUAUGUGGAGCACUUUAUUUAUUUAUUGGAGUUUGAUAGAGCACAGCCAUUCUGAUUUUGUAAACAAAGAGAGGACAUCUUUUUUUCUCUCUUGUUGGGUCACAAAGAAAACAAACAAAUCCAACACGAUCCCGGGAAAUAUUCGACACAUGUUUCUCUGUCAACAAACAUUUGUUAAUGUUAAUCCCACUUUGAUAGUAAAGAGGAUUUGUAUCAUACAAAUGUACAUUUGCAUUUUCAAUAAAUAUUUUCUUUUGAAAAAUUAA